AUGACAGAAUCGAAAAAAGGAAAAAAUAACGAUGAAACGGAUCAGGUUCCCCGCAUACUGGACCCAGAUUUUUUGGAUCGAACUGCUUGUCUUCCACAAGAUAUGCAUAACGAUUGGAUUAGUGUACUAGCUGCCGAAAAUAGCCGACGAAUUAGUGAUGCUAAUGAGUGGAGUCAUGUAUUUCAUACACCUCGUUCCGCUGAAUAUAUUUUUACUGCUUGUACAAGACUUCGUUUACCACAAGAAGUGAAAUACAGUGCACUAUUAAUAUUUGAUAAUUUUAUGGUACAGUUAGUUAGUCGCUUGCAUGAAAGUGUGUAUAACUCGAAACAAUCAGAUCGGAAGAAAUAUUGUGAAUGGAAUCAAAUCGAAGCGACGUUGUCACGUCAAACAACGCUACGAAUGCUUUCAUCAAUUCAAAUUGCCUCUAAAAUGCACAGUUAUAAUGAAAGCUUGUCAGUUCAGACUGUAAAAUUAUGUCUGAAAACAUUGGGAUUUGCUUAUACGGAAGAAUCCGUUGUGCGGUCUGAAUUACGCGUUUUAUCGAUGAUUGAUUGGGAACCUGCCUAUCACUGCACCCCACUUGUUUACAUCGAAUCGCUGUUUAAAAUUCUUAAAACGAAAUGGAGACAAAAUGUUGAAGCAAGUGAUUAUUGGCAUUAUAUCUUGCUAGUGUUGGAUUGCGUCUUCAUUCACUGGAACGAUGUGUAUAACCGAAUGAUGUGCAAUGUACUGGGUCCUUCAGCAGAAAUCAUUACGCGUGAACAAAUGUGUCGCGUGCAAGCAGACUGGUUCUUGCUAGCAUGUGGAGUAAUUGUGACUGCUGCCUGUUGCAUCGAUGGAAUGCAAGUAGCUGAUGAAGUUACAAACGAUUUACACCGCCUAAGCAAUAUUCCAAUAGCUGAUAUAACAGACAUGAGUGUCGCCAUAAUUGAAUGCGUCAUUAGCCAGCAAGGAUCAAUUGCUGCCACAAGCAUUAUUCAAAUUUGA